GGGCCAGUGGGUGACCUGCGCUCGGAGCGCUGUAUCCCGGCUGCGGAAGGAUGGCGGGGCCCGCAGCCCACUUCUCGGACGAGCAGUUCCGGGAGGCUUGUGCCGAGCUCCAGAAACCGGUGCUAACUGGGGCCGAUUGGCAGCUCCUGGUAGAAGCCUCAGGCAUAACCAUCUACCGGCUGCUGGACCAGUCAACUGGACUUUACGAGUAUAAAGUGUUCGGUGUCCUGGAAAGUUGCACACCAUCUCUACUCGCAGACGUUUACAUGGACUUAGACUACAGGAAAAAAUGGGACCAGUACGUGAAAGAACUCUAUGAGAAGUCGUUUGACGGACAGAUGGUGGCGUACUGGGAAGUGAAGUACCCUUUUCCUCUGUCCAACAGAGAUUAUGUCUACACCCGCCAGCGGCGAGACCUGGAUGUGGACGGGAGGAAGAUCUACGUGGUCCUGGCCCAGAAUAUCUCUGUACCUCAGUUUCCGGAGAAGUCUGGGGUAAUCCGAGUGAAGCAGUACAAGCAGAGCCUGGCGAUCGAGAGCGAUGGCAAGAAGGGGAGCAGAGUUUUCAUGUACUACUUUGAUAACCCGGGUGGCCAAAUUCCGUCCUGGCUCAUUAACUGGGCAGCCAAGAAUGGAGUUCCAAACUUUUUGAAAGACAUGGUGAAAGCAUGUCAGAACUACCACAAGAAAACCUAAGGAGGAGACCGGGACCCCGGCAUCCAUGAAGGACACCUCUGGAUGUGCUACACCAACUGAGGCUCGCCCUUCUGUUCCCACCUUCAAAGCGCUACACAUCCCCAAGGCUUGCCUCUGUCCAGCUCCAUCGCUGACUUCUUUCCCACUGGUCAUAGUCAGAGCCUACUACCUUCUUCCACUGUCGAAUAGGGGGUCCCAUGCUUGUGUAUGUUUCAUUAGGGAAAUCCUUAGUGGGGAAAAGGAGCCAUUCUGUUGUGCCAUUUUUGGGGGGAUGAGUGAGAAGAGGAAGGGUGACAAGAUAUAAGAGCGGCCCUUCCCGGAAAGCAGGCUCACGUCAGCAUUCUCUCUUGCAACUAGAAGUGGCUUUUGGUCCACAGUUGACCUUCUAGGUUCGAAUCCCACAGUGAUGCCUGUUCUCUUGAUGCCUCGCUGACUCAGGCUGGGAUUCGAGGUGACAAGCAAGUGUGGCUGUGUUUCUACUUGGGCAUGAUCAGUAGUUGCUGUGAUAUCAGACCGCUCUGAGGAGUGCCCCGGGCCUGACUGAGCACAUGCUGAGAUGAGCAAGGUUUCCUAAUUGUCAACAUCUGGGUUUUUUUCCUUUCCCAUAAUCCACUGAGAAGAUGCUAUCUAUACCUCUUGAGCAGUGCAUUUGACUGCAAGCCCCAGGUUUCCGAGACAGCGUGUGUGUAGUACGCUGACCAUGUCUUACUAAAGUGACUUCCCCUUCUAGAGCGUUUGGAGAUGUUGAAGGGACAAUAAUGGUUUACAACGGAGUGAAAUUGACGUAGUGAUUUGGUGUGCUCUUCACCUUUUUCUCAGGAAUUCUACCUCUUCAGAACAGGGACUCUUAGAACCCUGCGUCUGGUCCUCAAUUUUUGUAGGAAAAUAGAUUCUAUGGCCAAGACACAGCCUUAAUGAUCUCAGGGAAAAGUUGUAGUCAAUCACUCUGUGCAAACCUUGACUAAAGGAUAUGGAAACUCAAGAUGCAAAGACAGAGGAAAGGAUCUGUUUGAGUGGGAUUUCUUAGAGUGUGUGUUCUUUCUGGGAAGAAAGUUGUGUUCCAUGAAUAAACACAGUGACUUACCUUUCUCUG